AUGAGCUCGGCACAAAAUAAUAAAGAAGGAACCAGUACUAAAAUUAACCAAAUUUCUGUCAUAUUCCAAGAUGGUCUACCAUUCGAGUGUACAUGCCCGGUAUGUCAACAGGCCUUGCGCUCACCAAUAAAAGCAUCUUGUGGUCAUUAUUACUGUAAGGAUUGCCUACAGGGGUUUUUAAGACAAAUAAUAAUCUCAGAAAAUUUACGUUAUUCAGUCUGGCUAUCUGCUCGGUAUGUUCAUCUGAGAUCGAUAAAUCACAAAUACUGGUCGACAAAGAAAAACAUCGGCAGGUAA